CGAGGCAGCGGUUGCUCCUUUCGAGCUGCGCCUGUGCUCCAAAGACAGCUCAGAACGUCGUUAUCGCGCUCAGUGCUCUCUGCGCACGAUUGGUCUUUGUCUUGCCCAUCGUCUGCGAGCGGACUGCUGGCGACCAGUCAAUCGAUCGACUUGUAGAAAUCUCGCGCCAAGCGGACAGACAGGCCACAUCAAUUGGGCCAGCAUAGCAACCAUGGCAGGCGGUCUACCCAAGCGGAUCAUCAAAGAGACCGAGCGUUUGCUGGCAGACUCACCGCCCGGCAUAUCUGCCAAUCCGCACGAUGACAACCUGCGCUACUUUGACGUCCUCAUGACGGGCCCAGACGGAUCAGCGUUUGAAGGAGGCGUGUUCAAGCUUGAGCUGUUCUUGCCAGAGGAGUACCCUAUGGCUCCACCCAAGGUCAGGUUUCUCACAAAGAUCUAUCACCCCAACAUCGAUAAGCUAGGGAGGAUCUGCCUCGACAUCCUCAAAGAUAAAUGGUCGCCGGCAUUACAGAUCAGGACGGUGCUACUCUCAGUCCAAGCACUACUGUCUGCGCCGAAUCCAGAUGAUCCGCUGGCCAACGAUGUUGCAGAACACUACAAGACGAACGAGAAGGAUGCGAUACGGGUCUCCAAAGAAUGGACGAGACAGUAUGCUGUAUAGACCCAUCCUGACGCCUGUAUGAAUGUACCAGCACGACGAGCAUG